AUGCUGAUGUACUCGUCCUGGGCUCUUAUGUGUUGCGAAGUGGACGGAGAGGAGGUUAUGAUCGACUUGCGCAACGGUGGCGAAAAGAUCCGGCCAGUCGAUAGACGGCAGCUGGCAUCGCUCAGUCUUUUGCGCUUUUUGCCUGAGUUUUGCGCUGGCCGUUCGUCGUUUGUCGUAGCUGCUUCGUUGUUUGUCGCGGUUGUUGCCUCAUUCCUCGUCGUAGCUGCUUCAUUACUCGUCGUAGCUGCUUCAUUGCUCGUCGCGGUUCGCCGAUAUGAAUUGGGUGAUUUGGCCGCGCUGGUCGUUGUAGCCCGUUGUCACGAUCCGAUCUCCGGGGUCAACCGUCUGACCGGCGCUGUGGGGUUUAUGUUCUGAAUAAGGUAGGUAGCGACCUCAUGCAAUACUGACUCCGUGCUUGUCGUGUUCUCGAGGGGUUGUCGUUCGUGUCUCUUGCGAGAUAUCACACUCGGAUCAAUUGAGUGACUAGGUCAAGUGAAGGAUGAGAAUGAUACUUAGAUUGAUCGCUGAAG